UGCCGCAUGAACGAGGAUAUCUUGAUAUUUCAAGGGUAGUGCAAACAUUUAGUGGACAGGUUAUAGAUUAACUGAUGGAACUGAUAACUCCAUGCAAUAUCGAUGCUCUGGAAAUAAGUUUUAACAACAGGAAAUAGUGUUACGCUAUGAUUUACCCACAAUGAUGAAUUAAUGGUUUGUUUUUGGAUUAUAUCAUAUUGGAAUAAAUGGGAUGGUAUUACACAAAGAGAAUGAAAUAACUACAACGUUUAAAUGUAACAGAGUUAAUAUAUUCAAAAUCAAAAAGAGAGAAAAAUAUAAAGUGAUCUUUACCUUUCAUAAAACAGAAGAAAAUUCAACAUCUGCGUAAUAUGGGUCUGGCAGGAAUUUACAGAGAACUUGAAUAUGCCUGGUAUUGACGAAACAGUGCACGGAAAAUGUACUGGAUACAAAAAAGAAUGGAUUUAUUUCCUUGACAUAAUGGGAUGAGGGCCAUAGUGAGCCUAUGAAAAGAGAAACAGAAUUAAAGGUGAUUAUAAUGAUGCCAAACAUACACAUGUAGACGAAGGAGGAAAAAAUGGUUCCAGAAAUACUUUUCCAGUGUGAUUUAUUUAAGUAAUUAUGGAAGUGCAAAUGUACAUUCUCACGGUCUUAGGAUAUAUGUGUGUCAUAACUUUUACCGAUAUCACGGGUGUUGCUGCAGGGGACGCGAUUGCUGUGAACGAUUCCUCAAGUUCAAGGUCGUGGUUUACAAGCCAGUGUCCGAGGAAGUGUACAUGUGACAAAAGACAGCUCUCCCUCGCUCGCCACAAUAUUCCAUCAAACAAGUUUCUUUACACUGUGGACUGCUCCGGGGAACAAUUAGCAUCACCUCCUUCAAGCCUGCCAGAAAACACCGAAGUGUUUUUAAUCGCUAAUAAUACAUUUGGAACAUUAAAAUCAUUGCCAAAAACAUUUUCAUUAUUAUAUUUAGAUAUGUCAAAUAGUUCAUUAGAAAGUAUAAGCAGUAUUCGAUUUUUUGCUCAAUAUCCUCAACUUAAAUAUCUGAACUUAAAAAGGAACUCACUUAAAACAUUAUCAAGCGAUACAUUUAACAAAUUAGAUAAUUUACUAACAUUAGAUCUGAGUUUCAAUGACCUAGAAAAUAUUUCUUCAGAAAGUUUUCUGGGAGUGAAGAACCUGAAAUCAUUAGACUUAUCACAUAAUCACCUGAAAACGGUUACUUCUUUAUGUUUUUCUUCCAUGUAUGAAUUACGAGAACUUGAUUUAUCUCAUAAUGAGAUUGUGCAAGUAGAAAUUAACUCAUUUAAAAAUCUCGAAAACCUCAAUUUACUUAAUUUAUCACAUAACAGAAUCAGAAGUAUUGAACACUCUGCAUUCAACGUUUUGAAACGCCUCCUAGUUCUGGAUCUGGGUAGCAAUUAUCUUCCAUUGGUGCCAACAAUACAACUGCAAUCAACAUAUCUGCUGAAGAAAGUUUCAUUGAAUGGGAACCUAAUACAUAAAUUGCAUCCUGGAGAUUUCAACAACAUCAGUGUAAUUUCUCUCACGCUUAGCUUUAUGAACGAGUUGACAGUUGUGGAAAAGUUUUCUUUUCAAAACAUGCAAUAUCUAACCAAUCUGGAGAUGCACGACAAUCCAAAGCUAAUGUUCAUAGAUGGGAAUGCAUUCAAAAACGUUCCCAAGCUCAAGACCUUGUACUUCCAUAACAAUAGGCUGUCGGUUCUGCCAUCGGGACUGCCCCAGACCCUCCCAAGCGUCCAGGAUGUCCACUUGUACCACAAUCCUAUCCGCUGUGAUUGCAAUGCCCUCUGGAUCAGAGACUUGGUGGAGGAAGCCAAAGAACACAAUUUUAGUAAGCCUUUUUUCAGUCAUUCAAACUUUAUCAAAUGUGCUUACCCUAUAAAUGCGACUGGAUUGUCAUUGCCUGACGUUGACGAGAGUCAUUUUUCAAGAGUAUGUGCUCCAGUGACACUUCCGUCAUUUCACGAGAACUACACACUAGAUCUUGGCGAGGAGCUCCGACUUGAGUGCCACUCAUACGGAAUUCCUGCACCACAACUCAUAUGGCUCUUGCCUAAUGGAUCAGAAAUCUCAAACAGUACAUCCAGUAGAAAAAUAGAAAUCAUAGACAAUUUUGCUUUAGUUGUUCGCUUCCUCAGUGUAAAAGACAGUGGGACGUAUGAAUGUAAAGCGAGGAAUGAAGUAGGGUUUGACAUCAGCUCCACAAAGGUCACCGUCACAAACAAGCCCGUGAGACUCGUGCUGCUAAAUCUCUCGGUCGACUAUAUUUCUCUCACAUGGAAUGGUACCCAACACAACUCAAUGAUCUCAGACUAUCAGCUGCAUUAUAGGGAAAUCAAGGUUGACAAUCAAACUCAGUCAUCCUACAGCGUUAUACCACUUGGUCCACAGUACAGAAGUUAUACGGUGACACAUCUUAAACCAAGUACCAACUAUGAGUUUUGUGUUGUCUAUGUAUACGAUACUGAAUAUUACAAAGUAGACUGUAAGACGUUUGCAACUAAGAGCAAAUACCUAAACAAAAGUGCAAUAAAGAAAAUAGUGAGCGAGAAAAUCAUAGCAGGUGUGUGUACAGCACUUGGAAUAACCAUGGCAAUAGCAUGUAUGGUGACACUAGUGCGCAAGUUUCGUAUCCACAAGGAUUAUGAAUUGCCAAAUGGGACAAGGGACGAGCCAGAGGGCAUACACAUUCCGCUACAGAAUGUGUACCAGCCGCUGUCCACACCUCUCUGCUCCUCCAAAACCUCGCUCCUAUCAACACAUACAAGCAAGUCCAACUUCGAUGAUUAUUGAUUGGCUACUUAAAUGGAUUGGUAAAAUGUUUCCAUACAUGGAAACAUGCAAGAUAAUAAUAAGAGACAGCAAUAUAUGGUUUAUAUAUAUCAUGUUCUGAAAGUAACAUGUACACUCGAAACAGGAAUGACUACAAAAACAC